AUGAUAUCUAUCUUUUUUGUGAACGUUCUUGUCCUGUUGCUGACCAGUUCCUUGGCCGAUCCAUCCCCUCCAACUGCAUUCAUCAAAGACUACGACAGUUACAUGAAAGUUUGUCAACGACUAACUUGUAAAGAAAGGAAAGCUCCUUUUGCCGAGAUAAUCGCCUUUCAUGCCAAUUUCAAAAAUCAUCUCAAUAAUGUUCCUGCAAACACGGUCAUAAAAUUUGACAACGUCCAGUUGAACAAGGGCAAAGGAUACGAUCCGAAAACAGGGAUUUUUACAGCACCGGUGGAUGGUCUUUACUCUUUAGAUUGGUUAUUCGUGUCCUUAAAGGGUGGAACUGUUUAUCCUUAUCUUAUGGUUGAUGGUAAAGAACGUGUUCGAACCUGCAUUGUGAAUCAACAAGCCGACUACAUCUCUACAACGGGUCACUUUGUUACCGAGCUAAAGAAAGGAAACAGGGUGUGGAUCAAAAAUCAUGUUAAGGCAAAAUUUAUUAAUGGAGGCCUUUUCAAUUACUUCUCUGGAUACAAAAUUAAUUAACUAUGAGUA